AUGCCAACAAACGGAGCAGCUGACGAUAUUUCUAAUCAUAAUGACACUGAUAAUAAUGCCGAAAAUCUUGCCUCCAGAGAUAAAAUCACUCUCAAUGUAGGAGGUAUUAAGUAUGAAACAUACAGGUCAACAUUAACUUCCUAUCCAACGACUUUGCUAGGAUCAAUAUUUUAUCAUUACAGUGAUGAAGAAAAUCCAUUAACUGACCCGAAUCAUGGAAAUGAAUUCUUUAUCGAUCGAGACGGUCAUUUAUUUCAUUACAUCAUGCAAUUUUAUCGAACAGGAAAGGUUCCAACGACAGAACAAGCAAUCGGAUUGGUUCCAAUUACAGCUCAAGAAUUGGAAGAUGAAUUGGAAUAUUUUAAGAUUCCCACAUAUCCACCUUCAUCGUUUUCAGCCACAACCUUAUCCCCCUCACAACUCUCGCUUCGUCACAAAAUGAUUGCAGCGGAAAUCGAUUCAUUUACAUCGACGUUAAAUGAUACGUUGUUGACCAUCUCAUCACAAUUUAAAAAAGAAUUCUUCUUUAAACGACAAUUUCAAAUUCGUUUCGAGAUAACUUUUCAUCAUAAUGAACGUAUAUCGGAUUUUAAUAUCUACCCAAGCGUAAAUAGUAUCAUUAAAACUCGAUUACAAAAAGGUUUUGAUGAAUUUGCCUUGUUAGGUUACGCCAUGUUGGACAGGUUUGGGGAAGAAAUUGGUAGAUACAUGACCACUACCGUCCAAGGUUGUACUUGGGAAUGUAAAAAAGUUGAAGAAUUUGGUUGGGGUGGAUUACAACAAAUGUACAAGGUAAAGGUUGGUGUGGAAAAUAGUUUUGAACAUGAUGAUGUCGUCAAUCAUUGUUGUCUUUCUUCGGUUGUUUCGGAUUCAAUGGGUGCUAGCAGUGAUUCGAUGAGUUGA